AGAUUCUUUCUCUUCACGCACACGCAGCAGCAGAAGCGACGCAACGCUAACCCAAUUUAAUACGCGAGGAGAAGAGAUUUCCCCAUUCCUUGGCUUUCUCCUCGCUCGUCCCGCGAGCGCGCGCCCCCAAUUCGCCCGCUUGAUCGCGCCGAGCUCAUUUGCCGGCGUCGAAUUCGCACUCUGCAGCUUUGAUUUGCCCCCAAUCUCAGCCGAUUUCCACCUCCUAUUCGUACAGUUUUUUUUGUUCGAUUUAUUGUUGUAGUGGCAAGCAGAACACCAAAUUCGUCGACUUCAUCUCGCCGGGAUCAAAAUCUUGGUAUCGGAUUCUGUGCUCCACCACGCCUUCGACCCCCAAUCCCGUCUGGUUCCAUCUCGGAAUUGUCACUCCGAACCGUUGGACAAUUUGUGGUAGCUACAAGGAGUUGUGAGUUUGCGCGCUUCGAGCUUGUCGGAGGCAAACCGGAUUCCGGCGGCCAUGUCGCUGUCCGCGAUUUCCCUGUACACCAGUCCACCGGGUGCGGUCUACUCUUCCGAGUUCGACCCGAGCUCCCGUGGUUCGUCGCCGUGCACUACCGCUGCGCCGCCACCGCCGGCCGCCUCCCACCGCUUGCCUGCCGGCGGCGGUGGCCUCUCUUGCCUCUUCUCGUCGCCGGCCGCGGCGGCUGCGCCGCCCCGCACUCCGGCUCACGACGAGCUCGGUGUGCUGUGGCACGACAGAUCCGACGACCUGAGUGUCGGCGGCGCGGGCAGCUGCUCCUACUCCCACUCGUCCUCACCGCUCAAGUGGCGGGACCUGCACCACCACCACCACCACCACAGCCCCGUGUCGGUGUUUCAGGGGCCAUCCUCCUCGUCGCCGUCCCGGAGCCCACCGGCUUCUUGGCUCGCUGGUCGCGACCGCGACCGCCUCUUCGCUGGCUUCGUGCGCAACGCGCUCGGCUCCUGCGUUGACUACGCACCGGCCGCCAGCCCUCGGCCGGAGGUCGGGGCCGGCGAGCUCGCGUUUGAGCUCGAUGAGAACCUCGCGGAGGCAAGCCCAGCCUGCGAGCCGUACGCCCGAGAGCUGCUCGCCAGUGCCCAGGAUCGCCACCGCAUCUUCCACGAGGAGCUCGUCGUGAAGGCCUUCUUGGAGGCCGAGAAGGCUCACCGUGGCCAGACGCGGGCGAGUGGCGAUCCAUACUUGCAACAUUGUGUGGAGACAGCCGUCCUACUGGCCAAGAUCGGCGCAAACGCAACGGUUGUAUCAGCUGGGCUUCUGCAUGACACCAUUGAUGAUUCGUUCAUUGACUAUGAUCACAUCUUCCACAUGUUUGGCGCUGGGGUUGCUGAUCUCGUGGAAGGGGUUUCCAAGUUGAGCCAUCUGAGCAAACUUGCUCGGGAUAACAACACAGCAAGCAGAACUGUUGAGGCAGACCGCUUGCAUACAAUGCUUCUUGCAAUGGCAGAUGCACGAGCUGUCCUAAUAAAGCUUGCAGAUCGCUUGCAUAACAUGGAGACCUUAGAAGCUUUGCCAUUGACCAAACAACAAAGAUUUGCCAAAGAGACCAAGGAGAUUUUUGUGCCUUUGGCUAAUCGAUUAGGGAUUGCUAGCUGGAAGGACCAGCUGGAAAAUCUUUGUUUCAAGUAUUUGAAUCCAGAAGAGCACAAGGAGUUGUCAUCCAAACUUACAGAGUCCUUUGAUGAAGAACUAAUUACAUCUGCUGUGGAUAAACUAGAUAAAGGUCUGAGAGAUGCUGGUGUAUCAUAUCACAAUCUUUCUGGGAGGCACAAGAGCCUAUACAGUAUUCAUUCAAAGAUGCAAAAGAAGAACUUGACAAUGGAGGAGAUACAUGAUAUCCAUGGCCUGCGUCUCGUGGUUGAGAAGGAAGAAGAUUGCUACGGAGCACUUACUGUUGUUCAUAAAUUGUGGCCUCAAGUUCCUGGAAGAUUCAAGGAUUACAUAUCACGUCCAAAAUUAAAUGGGUAUCGAUCAUUGCACACCGUUGUCAUGAGUGAUGGCAUUCACCCAUUCGAAGUCCAAAUUCGCACAAAGGAGAUGCAUCUGCAGGCUGAGUAUGGAUUCGCGGCGCAUUGGAGGUACAAGGAAGGUACCUGCAGACACUCCUUUGUGCUCCAAAUGGUGGAAUGGGCAAGAUGGGUUCUUACGUGGCAAUGUGAAGCAAUGAACAAGGAACGGACCACGUCACUUGGCAGUAGUGAUACCGUGAGGCCACCUUGCCCGUUUCCCCUGCAUUCGGAGGACUGCCCUUACUCUUAUACCCACCAAUGCAACCAUGACGGACCCAUAUUUGUCAUCCUGCUGGAGCACGACAAGAUGUCUGUCCAAGAAUUCCCUGCAAACUCAACUGUGAUGGAUCUUAUGGACCGUGUCGGCGCCAACAGCUCAAGGUGGAGCCCCUACAGCAUUCCCAUGAAGGAAGACCUGCGGCCAAGGGUGAACCAUGAGCCCAUAAACGACCCGAACCGGAAGCUGAGCAUGGGGGACGUGGUGGAGCUGACUCCGGCCCUGCCUCACAAGUCCCUCAGUGGGUACCGGGAAGAGAUCCAGCGCAUGUACGACCGUGGCGGCUUCGCCCUUGCCACCCGGGGCGGUGGCUCGAGGCGCUGCUGACAGUAGCAAUGCAAUGUUAACCUGUUGCUGCAUCACCAAUUCAUCAAUGUACCAUUCAAAUUCGUUGUAAAUAUGUAAUAGACUAGUAGUAGGUCCUGCAGCCGGGCGGGUUCCGAAAUUUGUGGCUGGGCUGUGGUGGAUUUGCACCCUGCCUGGGACCCCGGAGGGCUGCAGCGUGUAAGUAAGAGUAGAACGCUGUGUAAAAGCUGUUCAAGUUCGUUUCAGCUUCUCCCAAGAUCUGUGGAGGGAAUGUCGUGGCUUCA